AUGUCGAAAAAAUUUGUUUUUUCCUCAACUGAGGACGAAAUUUUAAUUGAAUAUGUCCAACAAAAUAGGGAAAUUUUUGACAGUGCUCACCCUAAGCAUAAAGAUAUUCAUUUUAAAGAAAAAAUUUGGAAAAUUAUUUCUGAAAAAGUCGGUAGAACAGAUGAAGACUGCAAAAAAAGGUGGAGGAACAUAAGAGAUACAUAUAUGAAACAGAAAAAAAAACUGUCGACUGGGUCAGCAACUUCUGAAAAAGUGAAUAGGACACUGUCAUACUUAUCGUUUAUGGAUUCAGUUGAAUACGAGAGAAAGACUACAUCAAACGUCAAAAAUCAAGAAAAUGAUAUUUCUUUGUCAACUGCUGAAGACGGAGAUGACACACAAAAUCAUACGCUAAACGACGAGGAUACAUUCGAAUCUCCAAAUACAUGUUCAGAUUUACCAUCAAUAUCAUCGUACGCGGGAAAACGGAUUAGGUCCAAAGAGGAUAAAAUAAGUGCAAUAUUAUCAAAAAGAUCAAAAGAAACGGAUAAUUUACUAUCUAAAAUCCAGGCACAAAAUGAGAUUUUAGUCUCAAGUAUUGGUAAUCAGCAUGAGGAUAGUGUAGAUCUGUUUUUUAAAAGUAUUUCGACGACGGUAAAAAAACUACCACCGCGUGCCAUAAACGAAGCAAAGCUGCAAAUCUUAACUCUUGUCAGCCACUUGGAAGAUAAAUAUUCUAACUUUCAACCACAAGUUGGUCCACAACCUCAAGUAUAUCAGCCCCAAUAUUUCGAUUAUCAAUUUCCAUCUCAACAGAGUCACGUGGCACAACCAAGUCCUUCGCCAUCCACUUCGUCAUCAUCGCAUGGAUUUGAACUAUACAAGACGCACAAUUAUGAAGAUGACAAUUAA